UUAUUGCACGGUGUGUUGUGUGUGAUAAGACGAAAAGUCAAAACAAAGUGUAAUUGAAUAAGUCGAUUAAAGGGAUUUAAGAGUGUCAAUAGUUCUCUUUUUUGUUAGUCAAUCUGUGUUAAACGUGAAGAAAACAUUUAGAAAAUGUUUGUGUGAAAAUAAGUUAUGUUUUCAUGCAGAAACGCAGGACCUCUUUAAGUGAUUCACAUAAAGAUUUUAUCGACCAGUAGUGGGUGUAGUGUGCACUGAUAACAGAUGGAAUUUUGAGUGUUUGUGAUUCAUUUUUAUUGUUAUCUCGACGGAAUAUACGCACGAAACAAUGGACUGGAAUUCCACACUGUUAUGCUCAACUGGACUGUCGCCCUGGACGCCCGACUCAGACGAUAUAGCACCAUGUUUCCAGCAAUUGUUCUUCCAAAUUCCUACCGCCGUAAUAUUUGCGACUCUUUCAUCCUACCAUUGCGGCAGAAAGACACGCUACGUGUUGAGGAACAACGUUCAGUUGAAUGCGAUCAAUAUUCGCAUUUUGGCCGUUUUGUCGUUGGGCUUGUUUCCACUGUUUAAGUUUUAUUAUGCCGCACACAACGACAUUCACAUUUGGCCGAUUGACAUCCUCGUGGGAUGUGUGGAGUUGGUGGCAUUUUUCGUUCAUUUGGGAUUUUUGUUGACCCAUCGUCGCUACGGAGAUCUGAGUCACAGAGGACCGCUGUUUCUGGGAGUCGUUUGGUGUGUCAUGUAUUUGUUGAGUAUAAUAUGGGUGUUCAAAGGCACCCCGUGGCCUUGGUCCUAUCUUGUGAUUGUUAUGCAGUCGGUUUAUGGUGUCACGUUGAUUCCAAGCGGUGAUGCUCGAAGGAUUACUCUCAAUCAGAUACAGGAAGACGAACGGUCUGCACUAUUAGGCAGUGCCUACAUUCGUUUUCAAGACAAUAUGGACGAGAACGUUUUGGGAGAUGCUGAUGACGACGCGAACAUUUUCUCAAAGUUUCUGUUCGUCUGGGUCAAUCCGUUAAUCGCAAAGGGAAUUGCGGGCAAGCUGAAGAAACUGGACGAUUUGUUCGAUUUACCGGUGUCGCUGAACAUUGGAAAUUUAGCAGACAAAUUUCAACAGUCGAUCAUCGACAGAAAAACCAUUUUUCGUGCUUUGCAUAAAUCAUUCGGUCGCGAAUUCUACUCAAUUGGUUUGCUACGCUUGAUGGCCGAUAUGGCUGGCUUUUGUGGUCCUGUUCUAUUGGGUGGUUUGCUUUCCAGCUCAGACAGUUCGGAUGACAAGCUAGACCAAAGAACUAGUUAUAAACCGUAUCUGUACGCUCUUGGGCUGUUUGCAUCAACGCUUUUGGCUGCCUUCUCUGGUACACACUUCAAUUGGCGCAUGUCGCUGAUAACGAUGAAAAUGCGCAUAGCUUUGGUCACCAAAAUUUACAGUCACUCACUGGAAGCAAAAACGCUCGCCAAUUCGCCGGACAUUCUGAACCUAAUGUCGACCGAUGUUGAUCGCAUCGUGAACUCGUGCAUCAGCUUCCAUUCAUUCUGGAGCAUUCCGUUUCAACUGAUCAUCACACUGUACUUACUGUACACACAAAUCGGUGCAGCGUUCAUUGCCGGUGUUGUGUUCGGCGUGGCGUUAAUACCGAUUAAUCGAUGGAUCGCUGUGAAAAUCGGGGCGUAUUCACAGAAGCUUAUGGACGCGAAAGACAAAAGGGUUUCAACGACAAACGAAGCAUUGGCCGGUGUCAAACAGAUCAAACUGUUAGCGUGGGAAGACAUUUUCAUCAACAAAAUCCAAAAUUGCCGCAAAGAGGAAUUGAAAUUCUUAUCGAAACGGAAGUAUCUGGACGCUCUGUGUGUGUACUUCUGGGCAACGACGCCGGUUCUAAUGUGUUUGCUAACGUUUGGUGUUUCUGUCCUGCUGGGCAAUCCGUUAACAGCAGCUUCUACGUUUACCAGCGUUGCUCUUUUGAAUAUGUUGAUCGGACCGUUAAAUGCAUUCCCUUGGGUGCUAAACGGUCUUAUUGAAGCCUGGGUGUCAUUGAAACGUGUACAGGAACUUAUCGAUGUAGAAGAUAUAGAUCUGAAGUCGUACUAUUCCGUUGGUCCAUCGACACUUCAUCGACCGGGCCAUAUAAACAAACCGACGGUAUUUAGAGCUGAAAAUGCAUCGUUUGGAUUCGUUAAGAAACGGAAUCCUGAUAACGAACAUGCCACCGAUUUCGUAUUGGACACCGUGAACGUCGAUAUUCGUGAGGGGGAGCUGAUUUGCGUUGAAGGUCCAGUUGGUGGCGGUAAGAGCUCGUUUCUGAUGGCUAUCAUGGCUGGAAUGGAACUCAACAGCGGAACCGUCUGCUUACAAGACGUAAAUGAUGGUUUCGGCUAUGUUGGUCAAAUUCCGUGGCUACAGCGAGGUACUAUACGCGAAAAUAUCACUUGGGGCAGUGUUUACGACGAGAAUCGUUACAACAAAGUUUUGUUCGCUUGCGCCUUGAACGAUGAUAUUGACACGCUAGGCGGUGACGAAAUUGGAGUCGGUGAGGGAGGUCGAACACUUUCCGGUGGCCAAAGAGCAAGGGUCUCGUUAGCCAGGGCUGUGUAUCAAGAUAAGAAGAUUUAUCUACUGGACGACGUACUGGCAGCGGUCGACACUCAUGUAGCUAAGCAUAUCAUCAAACACUGCAUACUCGGUCUGCUGAAGCAUACGACUCGUAUAAUCGUCACAGAAAAUCGAAUACUAACUUAUCACGCUAAUCAAGUGCUUCACAUUGAAAAUGGAACAGUACGACCGAGCGAGUUCACUCCCGAAGAGUAUGACGAUGACGGAUUCUUGUUUGACAUAUCGUCGAACGCUGAUACGACUGUAAAUGAAGAGACUGAUGCUGACACAAAGAGUGUGGAUAGCGUUAUGCUUGAGGAAACCAGAGAGUUCGGUACACUCUCACCUGACGUUCUGAUUUCGUAUUGGAAGUCAACGGGUGGACUGUUGGGUUUUACCGUUAUUUUGUCGGUCAUACUGAUGCAAUUCACGAGAAACUUGUCGGACGCUUGGUUGGCGCACUGGGUCUCAUCCAAUACAACACAAAACGCAACCGACACGACGGAGUUUUAUUUGAAAAUUUACACUUCGAUUGCUGUCGUCAAUUCGGUAAUUACUUUGAUCCGAGCGUUCCUGUUUGCCUAUGCUGGAAUCAAGGCGGCUAAGUUCAUUCACAGAAAACUUCUGAACUCUGUGUUCUAUACGAAAUUCCAAUUCUUCGACAUUACACCGCUCGGACGACUACUCAACCGAUUCUCGUCCGACACAUACACGAUCGACGAUUCGCUACCGUUCAUCAUGAACAUUUUCUUGGCUCAGUUGGUCGGAUUGAUCGGUGCCAUCAGCAUCAGCAUCUAUGCGAUGCCGUGGCUGGGCCUACUCAUAGUGCCGCUGUGUCCCGUCUACUUAAAUAUUCAAUCGAGAUAUCGUCAAUCCAGUCGUGACAUAAAACGACUGUCGAGCAAUGCCUUAUCGCCACUGUAUUCCCACUUUACCGAAACGAUCCAAGGCCUCAGCACAAUAAGAGCCAUGCGUCACACGAUUCGCUUUAAGCGAGACUUUGAUGUUAAAUUGGAAGAAAGCAUCCGUGCUCAGUUGACAUCGGCAGCAGCGCAACAAUGGUUGGCGCUCCGAUUGCAAGUGAUUGGCUGUUUUUUGGUUGGUGGAUCCGGUAUGGUAGCGUCGAUAACGUCCGCUCACUUGAAUAGUCCGGGCAUGGUUGGAUUGGCCAUAUCGUAUUCACUUUCGAUAACUGGUCUACUGGGUGGACUUUUGAGUGCGUUUGCGGAGACGGAACAGGAAUUUGUUGCCGUUGAACGGGUCGGAAAGUACUGUAAAUUGAAGCCGGAGAUUAACUUCGACGGAAGCAGUAAUCCACCGUUUGGAUGGCCGUGUCAAGGAGUUAUAUCAUUUCAGGGAGUUGGCUUGAAAUAUCGCGAACAUCUUCAACCGUCCCUAGUCGAUGUGGAUUUCGAAACGUCUUCCUGUGAGCGAAUAGGAAUUGUCGGCCGCACUGGAAGCGGGAAAACGUCAAUCCUGUCCGCUCUCGUUCGAGUGGCGCCACUAAGCCAAGGUCGUAUAACCAUCGAUUGUGUGGACAUUGCUACUUUACCGUUGCACGUAUUACGUAGUCGCAUAGCCCUAGUUCCACAGGAACCGUUCCUCUUUGCUGGCUCAAUCAGAGACAACAUCGAUCCGACAAAUUCACAUUUGGAUUCGAGUAUAUGGAAUGUGAUCAGUCAAUGCUUAGCUACACCUCUUGUCCAACAAUUGGGUGGAUUACAUGCACAGUUGGCAUCUGGCGGCAGUAAUCUAUCAACAGGUCAAAAGCAACUGUUAUGCUUAUCCAGAGCGCUGUUAAAGAACGCAAAGAUUGUCUGCAUCGACGAGGGAACUGCCAAUUUGGACAACGAUUCUGAAAUGGCCAUACAAUUAGUUCUGCGUAGUGCCUUUAAGAGCAGUACAGUUUUGUUGAUCUCCCAUCGACUGACGCUGCAGCAAACGGAUCGAAUUAUUGUGAUGGAUAGAGGUGAAAUUGUGGAACAUGGCAUUUCAAAUGAGUUGGCCAAUGAUACGAAUUCACUGUUUCACGGAAUGCUGGUCAGCCAAGGAAUUAGAAAUUUCAACGGUGAUAUUGACAGGCGGUUAUUAUAGUUAAUGGUAGCCGCUUUGGUAAUAUUUUUAAUUUUAGUUUUAUGUUUUAAGAGAGGAACCCAUAUUUUAAUAAAGUGAUCAACGUUUCUACUGGA